AUGACUCCUUAUGAGGCACUCUAUGGAAGGAAAUGUAGAUCACCUAUCAAUUGGGAUGAAGUUGGGGAAAGAGCUGAAUUAGGGCCAGAAAUCGUGAAGCAUACAACAGACUUGGUAGUGAGAAUUCGAGACAAGAUGAGGACCGCUCAAAGCCGACAAAAAAGUUAUGCUGACAAAAGAAGAAGGGAUCUCGAGUUUGCAGUCGGUGACCAUGUAUUUGUGAAAAUAGCACCUAUGAAGGGUGUUAUGAGAUUUGACAAGAAAGGCAAACUAAGUCUGAGAUUUAUUGGGCCCUUCGAGAUUCUCGAUAGAGUUGGAGCCCUGGCUUAUAGAGUAGCUUUACCACCGAAUCUUGUCGGAGUGCAUAAUGUGUUCCACAUUUCGAUGCUACGUAAGUACAUGUCAAAUCCUUCACAUGUGUUGAAUUUCGAACCACUGCAUCUUACACCAAAUUUGUCUUAUGAGGAGAGACCUACUCAGAUCUUGGCUAGACAGGAGAGGAAGCAGAGGAACAAAGUCGUAAAGAUGGUCAAAGUCAAAUGGUUGAAUCACACAGAGGAAGAAGCUACUUGGGAGACUGAGGCUGAUAUGAGGAGUCGAUAUCCAGAGUUAUUCGGUGAGAAUGAUGUUGAUGAUAUAGGAGGCUUCGAUGCUUGA